CCGGGAAGUGACGUAUUACAAAUGGACAGCGAGGCUCGAUAAACAUGGAUGCGACGGUGGUUACAGAAACUGUCCAGGAGAGAGCCGAAAGACUCCGAGAGUUGACGGACUUCACGGAGAAAUGCCAGAAACAAUUGCGGGAUAUUUAUAAAUUGCUCAACUGGUCACCGGAGCUCACAAACCAGAAACAGCAAGAGAUGGUGACCUGUCCGUUCGACUCGGGCCACAGAGUUCCACUGCAGACUCUGGAGAGACACAAACACAGCUGCAGCCUGCGGAAGAUGGGCUACACACCUGAGGAGCAGGCAGAGAUGUGCGACUCCUCAGUGUGUUAUGAGAACAAGGCAGCAGUGAGAAGCUUCAUCAUGGACGAUGUUACACAGCAGCAAGUGAUCCAGAAGGCCCGGGCCGCAGCGCCACUCAUGAAGAUGGAGGGUGUUUUCUGGCAAGGUCAGUUCUCCAGUGGACACAUCCAUGUUCCUCAGAACCACAAGCGGGCCAUAUGCGAUCUCACUGUGGCCGACCGGCUGGCUCUCUAUGAUCAUGUGACCCAGAGCCUCAACAGUCAGAAGGACCCUUCCCAGUCAGGCUCAGAAGAUCUCUACGUGGACCUGGUGAAGAAGCUUCAGAAAGAUGAAGAGCAGACAGAGCCCAAGUCUCAGCUGGAGCUGAUGGCUGAGAUGAGAGACUACAAGCGGCGGCGACAGUCGUACCGGGCCAAGAAUGUCCACAUCACCAAGAAGUCGUAUACUGAGGUGAUCAGGGAGGUGAUCGCCGUGCACUCAGCAGAGCUGGCUCGCCAGUGGUCGCAGGAAGAGGAAGAGGGCGGAGCCGCAUCGGACGUGUGUCUCAGGGACAAGAGGCACGAGCGGCGCCAUGGCGAACGCCGCCGUGAGCGAUCCAGCUCGUCGGAGUCGGGUCACAGUAGAGAGAGAAGUGAUGUUGAGCACAGAGAGAGGAAGAGGAGGAAGAGCGACGAGAAGAAGAAGAAGAAGAAGAAGGCAGCUAAGAAGAAGAAGAGGAAGGAGGACUGAGAGCACUGCCACUGACAUGUUUGAGUGAAACUAAGCAAAGGUCAAUAAACAUUUUGAG